UCAAAACCCUAAAUUCCCAUUUCCACCGUUUACUGAAAUUAAGGGUUUCUUUUCCCUCUAUCUUACUCUAAUACUUCUCAGCUGUAACCACUAUCUGAAAAAUCGAUUCAUCGUCGUUGAAGUUUCCAUUUUUUUUUUUUUUGUGGGUGGUCUCGGUGUAUUGAUAUUUAUAGCUUGUAUAGUGUAGAGUGUGGUUUGUGCUUCAAGGCCCUUCAAUGGCGGAGGACCGCAAUGAGGUCAGUGAUUACAGUUCGGAGGACGAGGGCGCUGAGGAUUACAGGCGUGGAGGGUACCAUGCGGUUCAGAUUGGGGAUACUUUCAAGAAUGGGUGCUAUGUGGUGCAGAGCAAGCUCGGUUGGGGUCAUUUUUCCACUGUUUGGCUCGCUUGGGACACUCAGAAAUCGCAAUAUGUUGCCUUAAAAAUUCAAAAGAGUGCUCAGCACUACACUGAAGCGGCAAUGGAUGAAAUAAAGAUUCUCAAACAAAUUGCUGACGGGGAUCCAGAUGACAAGAAAUGUGUUGUAAAGCUUUUGGAUCACUUUAAGCAUUCGGGACCUAAUGGGCAGCAUGUUUGUAUGGUUUUUGAAUUCCUUGGCGAUAAUCUUCUCACCCUCAUCAAGUAUAGUGAUUAUCGAGGGGUUUCCCUUCCCAUGGUCAAAGAAAUUUGUUUCCAUAUCUUGGUGGGUUUGGAUUACUUGCAUCGCGAGCUUUCUAUAAUACACACUGAUUUGAAGCCAGAGAAUGUCUUGCUUCUGUCUCCAAUAGAUCCAGCUAAGGAUCCUAGAAAAUCAGGUGUUCCACUUAUCCUUCCAAACACCAAGGACAAGAUGGUCUCCAAGAAUGGGCCCAUAAAUGACGGUAAAAGUUUGAAUGGAGAUCUGACCAAGAACCAAAAAAAGAAAAUGCGGAAAAAGGCUAAAAAGGCAGCUCAAGGAUGUGUUGGGAAGGAAAAUCCUGACGAAAUUGAGGAGGAUUAUAAAGCACCUGAGCAAGAUGAUUGUAGUAAUGAUGUGAAACCAAGUGCAGAAUCUGGUGAAGGUAAACCUAAUAGUCCUGUGAGUAAAGAUGAAUCAACAAAGUCUUUUGAAACUAAGGAUGAUCCACAAGGAAGUCAUGGUCGUAGGAGAGGUAGCUGUUCUACAAGAAAGAAGUUGCUUGGAGCCGUUGAUCUUAAAUGCAAGCUGGUUGAUUUUGGUAAUGCUUGUUGGACAUAUAAACAAUUCACAAACGAUAUUCAGACAAGGCAAUAUAGGUGUCCUGAGGUUCUUCUUGGAUCUAAAUACUCAACUCCAGCAGAUCUAUGGUCCUUUGCUUGCAUUUGCUUUGAACUUGUCACUGGCGAUGUUCUUUUUGACCCUCAUAGUGGUGACAACUAUGAUAGGGAUGAGGAUCAUCUGGCAUUGAUGAUGGAGCUUCUUGGAAUGAUGCCUCGAAAGAUUGCACUUAGUGGCCGCUAUUCCCGGGAUUUUUUCAAUAGAUAUGGUGAUCUGAGGCACAUCCGUCGGUUGCGUUUCUGGCCUCUUACAAAGGUGCUAUUGGAGAAGUAUGAUUUCAGUGAGCAAGAAGCAAAUAACAUGGCUGAUUUCCUUGUUCCAUUACUUGAUUUUGUCCCUGAAAAGAGGCCAACGGCUGCUCAGUGCCUUAAUCAUCCAUGGAUCAGCACAGUUCCUCGUACUCUUGAGCCCUCAUUGACUAUUGUGCAAUCUGAUGCUAUUGAUGGGGAAAUGUCUGAAAAGUUGAAGAGGGAAAAGGUUGAGCAGGAGGCUGUGGAAGUUGGUAUGGGGAAUAUGGCCAUAGAUGGAACUUCAAAGUCACCCAAAGAGUUCCAAUCUGUGAAGCCAUCAAAAUAGACGCAAAUUGGCUUGCUUGGGUGGUGUAUGCAACCUGUUUUUGUUUAUAUGGUAAGCUUUGGUGGUCCAUGGAGAGUGGUAUUCUAUUUAACUGUUAUAUUAAGCCUUACAGGUAAUAUAGUUCAUACGUGAGGUUAUGAUUUGGAAAGCCCUUCACAGGGUGAGGGAAGCUGAGUUUUACAAUGGAGCAACACCAUUUCAUUCACCUGUUACAGAGCAGAAUGUCUAAAAGAUAUGCUAGCUUCCUUCACAUUCAAUAGUAAGUGCACUAUGAUGUACCCAUGAAGAUUUUUUAUUUAUAUAUAUUUUUUUGGAGAGUUUGUCUGAAACUUCUCCUUAGAUUAGAUUUUCAUCUUCCAAAAUGGCGAUAGUUGAGGGGUUUGAACUGUACAUUUGAAUGAGUUGAUUUUUAAUGUG